AUGGAAGUAAUAAUAGAUAAUGUAAAAUUACAACAGGUGCACUCGUUUAAAUAUCUGGGAGCUAUAUUGGAACCUAACGGCAGAAAUGGAAUAGAAAUUUCUGAAAAGAUAGGAAAGGCAAGCAACUUGUACUAUGCGAUGAGUAAAAAUGCCUGUAUUUAUGGUGAGAUAUUCGUGGUCAAGCAGACAGAUAGUUUUGUUAAUCUACCGCCCGACAUAUCGCUAGGAAGUUCAGAAAUAGCCUUUAUCAAAAAUUACAAAUUGUCAUGGCGAUCUGCAUUGCUACGGUUCAAUCCGUUAAUUUUCUUCCUUUGGAGGCUCAAGGCGGGAUUUCUAGCUUCCGAGCUAUCUAUGUUAAGAUCCCCACAAAUGACGUUUUUGCUAUUUUCCAAAAAUAACCUGUCCAAUAUAUUCCCAGAGUUCUUCAGAAAUAUCGCUACGUUACCAGAUGGUGGGCGAUACACACAUAUUAUGCCGAGCUUCUCAUUAGAUCUUCCGGAAUUCAUUGUAAGUCCACAAGCCUCGAUUUCUCCGUCUUCCGACGCCUUGCUCACGAACGGCCACCCCUUUUUAACAAAAUUGAGUACCUCAGAAAGUACUGAAUCUGAGGAUGGGCAUACAUUACUGUUGUGGUUCCUCCCGCAGCGGAAACAGCCCGGAGAGCGACCAGACGAUGUGAACGGCUGUAGCUGUGGCAGCGCCAUGUUUGAGCUGUUGCCCCCACUCCUGCGCGUGCCUCCUUGGCUCCGCUGCGCUGCAGGCCCACGAACCUGCCAAGAUCUAAUUGGCAGGCGGUAUCCAAUAUGGAGUAAGCAUUCAAAAAAACGAAUCCAGCAGUGUAAAGUUGACAAACCAAACCGAUGUUAUUGGAUGACAGUCCCUGGUAGUCAGAAAUUCCUAGUUGAUACUAACUUAAUUCCAGUUAACCACAUUGGCUCGGUUUGGUACAUCAUCUGUAGCGUUCUUGGCAAUGCCGUCAUGUCAAGCUUCCAUGUCUUCAGGCUCAAAUGA